AUGGACAAGCCCGCUGUUGAGAGGGUGGAUGACAUAGGUGCUUCACCAGGGGACAUCAAUGGCAGUGAUAGUGGCCACAGCAAAAUUGCACGCCGACUGCUUCUCAAACAAGACCUCUCCAUCGUCCUAAUUCUUUCGGGCUGUUACUUUUUCGCGUACUUGGAUCGCGGAGCCUUGGGAAAUGCACGCAUCAUGGAAUUCCAGAAGGACUUACACUUGGACAACAGUCAAUUCUACAAUUGCUUGCUCAUGUUCUUCGUAGGAUAUAUGGUCGCCGAGCUCCCAGCAGCGCUGUUGUUGCGCAUCCUUCCCUCAAACCUAGUGUACGCACUAUCGUGCCUGGGCUUUGGGCUCCUCGCUGCUUGUACUUCAAAAGCAGGAGGCUAUGCCGGUGUCAUGGUCAUUCGGUUUCUGCUAGGAAUCAUGGAGGCGGCCAUCCAGACAGGGUUUGUGUUCAUCUCGCUAUGGUAUCAGGAAAAGGAGAUGGCUACACGCAGCGCCUUCUUCUACAUCUCAGCACCGAUAGCUGGUGCCGCGAGCGGACUCAUCUCUUACGGUGUCCAAAAGAACCUCAACGGCGCAAACGGACUCUACUCGUGGCAGUGGCUCUUCAUCAUUGAAGGUGUAUUUUCUGUGGCAUGGGGCAUUCUCACAUUCAUCGUCAUGCCGAGACUACCUGAAGUGGUCGCCCGCAAGGGUAGUUGGCUCUUUCGAGACGAGGCUUCGCGGGAAUUGAUUUUGCGAAGAACGACGCAAAGAAACGCGCCAGACGCAAAACCGUGUCUUUGGCAAAUCGGCUGGGCGCUAAAGGACAUAAAGACCUGGCUUGGAGCUCUCAUCAUCGGCGCCGCAUCCAUGAAUAUCGCUGCGUUUGGUGUUUUUCUUCCGACUUUCCUGCACGAAUUCGGCUGGUCACCUCUACAGACUCAGCUAUAUUCUAUCAUCCCCUACGCUUGCGCGGUCGUGUCGCUGCCAGUACUGACCAUGUCCAGCGGUCGCGUACAGCAGAAGGCAGCUUUCCUUUUCGGGUGCCUAUCGACAUGCGUAGUAGGCUAUAUCAUUCUACUCUGCACGACCAAACGCGCAGCUUGCCUUUUUGCCUGCUGUCUAGUCGCCAUUGGCAGCUAUCCUGGUGUUGUUCUCGGCGCUUCUUUUCUGCUCCUGAAUCAAGCGGGUUACACCAAACGUGCCACAGCCUGGGCUGUCACGCAGAUCUUCAUUCAAUGCUACAGCAUCAUCGCCACUCAGGUCUAUACUUCGCCACCGCGUUACCUCAAGGGCCAUGGUGUGCUAGUAGGACUGAAUUUCGUUGCCGUGGUUGCCAUCGCAAUCAAGUCCAUCCUGAUGAAGAGGUCUAAUGCUCAACGGGACGCGGCUGACCAGCGCUUCCAGGAAGAGGGAACCGCGGAUCCCGAGAUGGUCAAGUCCUUGGAAGAAUUGUGCGACUAUCAUCCCUCCUUCCGAUAUGUGCUUUAA